UAAUAGUAAUUCAUUACCUCAGAGAGGUUUAUAAGAAUAUCUGUGACAAUGGCUGUGCUGAAUUUGGAUAUGUAAUGAAAAACUGGAUCUGUUUGCAUGAUCUUUCUGUGUAAUAUUCAUUUGUUUUUAUUUAUUGUACCUUCUUGAAGUGUCAGUUUCUUCCUUGAACUUCUUCCAGAAUCUGUUUGCUUGGUCUUUUCCUUUACUAACUCAACUUUUUAAAUCGAAGCAGUCUUUUUUAUUUUUAGAUUUAUGAAUCUGCUAAAAGAAAAACGUUUUUGGCUAAAAUAUACUUACCCAUUCCUGACAAUAUUGUACUUCAAAGAGAAGAUGUAUUGGAACAGGUGGAGUUUAGCUGUGAUCAGCAAGUUGAAUCUGUAAAUGGAGAAGUGGGAAGCAAUGUACCAUUUCUUCUCAAUGAAAAUGAAGAACUGUAUCCUGUGAUGUCUGGAAAACUAAUGUAUUCCUUAUCCUGGACAGCUGAUGAAGGAAAUAUUCCCUUAGCAUCUAUACUUCAGCCAAUAAACUCUGCUUCUUACAGAGUACCGAGAAAUACAGAUGAAGAAAUAGCUACUGGAAUUUUGUGGUUCACUGACACACAGAAAUUUACUGAAUGGGCCAAGAAAGUCAAGACUGAUCCCAAUGAUCCUGAAUAUUCAAAUUUGAUGGACUUCAUUUUGUAUACUAGAUCCAAGGAAGAAACUCUUCCAAAAUAUUUUCGUCUUGAACAGCUGCAAAAAGAAUUUAACUUUGUUACUGAAGAAGAGAUUAAAAAUUGUAAACGUUUCCAGCUGUUGCAACUUAGGAACUCAGGGCAACUAGAUUCCUGCUAUUGUUGGCAGAUACCUAUGUUUGAUAGAGAAAUACCAGAUAUAGUCUUCCAGGGAUAUGAAAGCCGACUGAAGACAGAAGUUUCAGUGACAGAUGAGGAUCCUAUUAGUGCACAGAGAAUUAGUUCUGCCAACUUUAUAAGGAAGGAAGGGUUUUAUAUUGUGUACUUCAUUGUCAUUUCUAAAUGCUUUCCAAAUAAAGUAGAGUUGAAGGCUAAUGUCAAUUGUAACAGAGUCAGUGGAUUCUUCUAUGGAAAACCUUGGGUCACCCUGUUGGACAGGAUGCAAAACAUCCAGUGGGUGGAAGAUGGGCUCACAAUUGACGUAGGUCAAGUGAGGGAAAACCUUGAGAGGUUAGACAUCCAUAAGUCUGUGGGCCCAGACAAUGCACCCGAGGGUCUUGAAGGAGCUGAUGGACAUUAUAGCAUGUCCUAUGGCAAAGAUAUUUGA